GGAGCCCUGGGCUAAGAUUGGUAGCACUUUUGCUUUUGACUUUCAAUAACCGAGUUCUUAAUGCGCGCAACGCAAGUGGCUGGAAGGCUUCGCACCGUGGUUACGGACAUUAACGACAAUUAGUUAAAGAAAAUUAUUACCAUUAAUUGGUACGAUUGCAGAAGCAACAAUAACAAGUUCCCGGUGCUGUGGCAAAUUGUGAAAAUCGCUGACAAGCGCAACACAUUGAAUUAAAGUGAAGGGUAAUAAGUUGCUGCGUCAUAACGGGACAGAGACAGUCAAAACAAAUAUAUUAACAACUGCAUCGAUUUUUAGCCAAGAAGAAGCGAAUCAAAUUUCAAGCAAGAGCUAAAACUAGCCCCAAGCGAAUCUCGUCUCACGCUCUCACUUAUUAAGCGUCUCAAUCAUCAUCAUUGCCAUCUGCACAGUGCUUUGGAAAUCAUCAAAACUGCCGCUCGACAACAUUAGCUGCGAUGGCAACUUCAUCGAUAAUCACCAAUAACACAAUUAACACGCAUACAACGUCAGCGACGACGACGCCCUUGGUGGCUUCAGAGGCGCCCAGCACGACGACACUGCUCGGCACUGCUGGCUUAACGUCAACUCUGAGCACGCGAAAACGCACUUACGAGACAGCCAUUGCCAUGCCCACGGAUUUCAAAGAACAGUUGAACUCAAAGGAUCAGCCGCUCGAAAGCAUCAAAGUAAAUACCGGUGAGUCAUCGUGCUUAGCAUCGGAUUCAACAGCCGCAACCACUCUCAGGGACUUCACUCGCACCGUCUCUCAGAGCGAAGAUGCCGAAGAUGGCGGAGAGGCAUUCGCAGCUGAGGUUGUGCUGCCAAUUGCAUCAUCAAGCAGCUUCACAGCUGAUUACCUCAAUGGAAGCACCGGCGCCAAACGCAAAUAUGUGCCGCCUCCGAUGCCCAAAUUACCUCUAUUCAAUGGCAGCGAUGCGUCCGAUUUUGCGACAAUUUGCAAGCCUGCGCCUUUCUCCAACGAUGAGGAGGCGAUUCUGGAGCGCGAACGCUGCGAUUACACUAAACGGAUUACAUACCAGAUGGCCCGUUCCGGGCAAACCAAUCGACGUGUACGGGUAUAUGCCGAUGGCAUCUACGAUCUAUUCCAUCAGGGACAUGCUCGCCAACUGAUGCAGGCCAAGAACAUCUUUCCCAAUGUCUAUCUUAUUGUCGGCGUCUGCAACGAUGAACUCACACAUCGCAUGAAGGGGCGCACAGUUAUGAAUGGGUUCGAGCGCUACGAGGGCGUUCGUCACUGCCGCUAUGUAGAUGAGAUCGUACAAGACGCGCCCUGGACGCUAAGCGAUGAGUUCUUAGCCGAUAAUAAGAUUGACUUUGUGGCACACGACGACAUUCCGUAUGAGACUGCCGGCAUGGAUGAUAUCUAUGGGCCGUUAAAGGCACGUGGCAUGUUUGUGGCCACCGAGCGUACUGAGGGCGUAUCCACAUCGGAUAUUGUGGCGCGUAUUGUGAAGGAUUACGAUCUGUAUGUGCGUCGUAAUCUGGCGCGUGGAUAUUCGGCCAAGGAGCUGAACGUUUCGUUUCUGUCGGAGAAGAAGUUUCGACUGCAGAACAAAAUGGAUGAACUGAAAACGCGCGGCAAACGCGAAUUGACCAAAGUGAAGGGCGACAUAAUUACCAAGUGGGAAGAGAAAUCGCGGGAAUUCAUUGACACGUUUCUGCUGCUCUUCGGGCGGGAGCGUCUGAAUCAUUUGUGGAACGAGUCCAAGGGGAAGCUCAUACAGGCUUUGAGUCCACCAGGUAGUCCAUCGGGUUCGGUAAACGGUGACGAUUUGUUUGGCACUGAUUCGGGCGAUGAGUACUUGGACCUGCCACCGGAAUAUAGUGGGGGAAGCAGCACUUCUCUAAAUGGCAGCGCCAAAAAACAGGAGCAGCAGUCUCCGCAAGCACUUCGCGCCUACCAUAAACGCUCGCUGACCGCGAGUCCGUCGCUCUUUAAGACCAACUCAACGACCUUUAAGACCGCCUACGACUAUGCAGACAAUGAUGACGACGCGGAGGGGGAAAGGGAGCAGCAACAGUCCUAUAAAACGGACCUCGAACGCCCUAGAAAUUGAAUAAUCCAAUCUAAUCUGUCCAUGCUGGCGAGGAGAGCCAGCCCGUGGCAGCAAUAGUUAUUAACUUGGUUACGUUUCAAGAUUAUAGAUUAUUAGAAGAGAGUGUUUAAAUUUUGGCAAACUUGGAAUUUUCUAUAUCUAAUCUAUAUAUCUAUACUAUCUCUACUAUCUCUACCGAUUCUUUCCCACACACUAAAAAUGCUAUUAUAAAUUUAUUUGUUGUUUCAAACAAAAAAUCUGAAAAGUUUCAUUUGUUCAAAGAACGACACAAUAAGCGUUUAUUGAUGAUGACCUACAUAUAUAUAUAUAUUACUAUAUACUAUGUAAUAGAAAAUCUA